AGCGGCACACGAAGCAGAACAGGACUCUGUUGAUGACCGGCAUGUGCCUCCUGGAUUGGGCCGCACGACGCUUGGCACCAUCAUUGUAAUUCAAAGAAUAAAGACUUUCUCUUUCCAAGAAGCGGACGCGAGAGAAGCACGAUGCCCAAGUCAAUGCAGGAAGAAGCGGUGUGGGUGGACGAGGAGGCGGCCCCGCCAGCCGCAGAAAAGACGACCGUGAAAAAGGGCAAGAAAGAUAAGAAGAAGAAGAAGAGUUUCUUUGAGGAACUUGGCACAGAUGUCAAACCUAAAGCAGAUGAGGCUGCUGUGAGAGAGACCGCAGGGAAACAGUCUCAUAAAAAGAAAAAAGACGUGCGGAAAGGCAAGGGUGGAGACGCAGGUGGGGACGACGAUGAGGACGUCAUGCUGAAGCUGAAAAAGCUUUCAAUGCAAGCAAGUGAUGAGGACGACGAGCCAGCCACAGCCGGCAGGAAAGGGAGCAAGAAGAAGCAGGGCGGAAACAUCUUUGCUGCUCUGAGCCAGAGUGAUGAGGAUGAGGCACGCCCAGUGGAUGAAGAAGAUACACCAGCAAAAAGGAGCGGGAAACCGGCUGUACGACCACACAGUAAGGACGAAGAUGAGGAGGAGGAGGAUGCCAGUGACGGAGGUGACACGAUGAUGAGCGCUGAGGACGUCAUCGCAGAGCAGGCCGACGGGCAGGAGAGCGACCCGCUGGCCAACCUCAGCAAGAAGGACAAGAAGAAGAAAAAGAAACGGAUGGAGUAUGAGCGGCAGGUGGCCAGUGUCCGUGCUCAGAACGCCUUGGAGGGAGAUUUCUCCAUCUCCCAGGCAGAGAUGUCCUCCAGACAGGCCAUGCUGGAGAACGCCUCGGACAUCAAGCUGGAGAGGUUCAGCAUCUCCGCUCAUGGGAAAGAGCUGUUCAUCAACGCUGACCUUCUCAUUGUGGCGGGAAGAAGAUAUGGUUUGGUUGGACCCAAUGGCAAAGGAAAGACCACCUUACUGAAGCACAUAGCCAACCGAGCUCUGAGCAUCCCCCCCAACAUCGAUGUGCUGCUGUGUGAGCAGGAGGUGGUAGCUGAUGACACCCCGGCGGUGCAGGCGGUGCUGAAGGCAGACACCCGCCGCCUGAAGCUCCUGGAGGAGGAGCGGCAGCUGCAGGUGCGCCUGGAGAAGGGAGAGGACAGCGUGGCGGAGCGGCUGGAGAAGGUCUAUGAAGAACUCCGGGCUAUUGGAGCUGCAGCCGCCGAGCCCAAGGCCCGGAGGAUCCUGGCCGGUCUCUCCUUCACCCCUGAGAUGCAGAACAGACCCACCAAGAGGUUCUCUGGAGGGUGGAGAAUGAGGGUGUCCCUCGCCAGAGCUCUGUUCAUGGAGCCCACUCUGCUGAUGCUGGACGAACCCACCAACCACCUGGACCUGAACGCCGUCAUCUGGCUCAACAACUACCUUCAAGGCUGGAAGAAGACUCUCCUCAUCGUUUCCCAUGACCAAAGUUUCCUUGACGAUGUGUGCACUGAUAUCAUCCACCUGGACAACGAGAAGCUCUACUACUACAGAGGGAACUACUUGACCUUCAAGAAGAUGUACGUGCAGAAGCAGAAAGAACUACAGAAACAGUACGACAAGCAGGAGAAGAAGCUGAAGGACCUGAAGGCUGGUGGCAAGUCCACCAAACAGGCAGAGAAGCAAACCAAGGUCGACCUGACCAGAAAGCAGCAGAAAGGCAAGAAGAAAGGAGCUCAGGAGGAGGAGAGCCAGGAUGCCACGGAGCUGCUGAAGAGGCCCAGAGAGUACACCGUCAAGUUCACCUUCCCCAACCCGCCGCCGCUGUCCCCGCCCAUCCUGGGACUACACUGUGUUGACUUUGGCUACACUGCUCAGAAGCCUCUCUUCAAAAACGUGGACUUUGGAAUCGACAUGGACUCGAGGAUUUGUAUAGUUGGACCCAAUGGUGUCGGGAAGAGUACCCUGCUUCUGCUGCUCACUGGGAAGCUAAGUCCUUCUAAAGGUGAGAUGAGGAGGAAUCAUCGCUUGAAAGUGGGCUUCUUCAACCAGCAGUACGCCGAUCAGCUGAACAUGGAGGAGACCGCCACAGAGUACCUCAUGAGGAACUUCAAUCUCCCCUACCAGGACGGCAGGAAGUGCCUGGGACGCUUCGGCCUGGAGAGCCACGCCCACACCAUCCAGAUCUCUAAGCUGUCGGGCGGGCAGAAAGCCAGGGUGGUGUUUGCGGAGCUGUCCUGCCGUCAGCCCGAUGUGCUGAUCCUGGACGAGCCCACCAACAACCUGGACAUCGAGUCCAUCGAUGCCUUAUCGGAGGCCAUCAAUGAGUAUAAAGGAGCUGUGAUCAUCGUGAGUCACGACGCCCGGCUCAUCACGGAGACUCAGUGCACCAUGUGGGUGGUGGAGGACAGCACGGUGAACCAGAUCGACGGAGACUUUGACGACUACAAGCGGGAGGUGCUUGAGUCUCUGGGGGAGACCAUGGUCAACAAGGUCAACCCGUGAUUACUAAGCGCUCUCCUGAAGAUCACACACAAUAAAACCAAUGAACUCUU